AGCCUUUUACUCUCCGUGUGCGCAAGUUAUUCUUCUCUCUCUCUCUCUCAGCUCUCUCUUUCCGUCUCCGUGAGACGCGCGUGAGGAAUCCAAAACUCAGAAGCACGUCGACCGUCUUCGGUACAACAUCACUGGAAACACUCGUCAGCGUAGCGUGCUUUCAAAAUACCUGAAACAAAGUCAACAUUUGUUUUUUAUUAACGAGUAUUAAUCAACGUCAAAGUUCAGCCAAGCAACCUCCAAUCAUUAGCAGAAUAUUGAAGUGCCUAAGGAUGCCUCGGAAGAGAAAAGACUCGGAGGCAUCAAAUUUCAGUCGCUCGAAUGCGGAGGCAAAAAACGACGAAAAUGAGCGCCCCGUAAACAGAUGGAAAUGCUGGUCACGGAGUGUGGGAUCCACGUGGUCGAGAAUGCGGGAUAGUUUUGAAAAAUGUCAGGGAUUCCAACUGUCGGAUCUCACGAGCUACGAGAAAUUUGUCGGACUGUUGUACAGACCGACGGACCCGGCGAGCCUUGGAGUAGCGAGAGCGCUUUUUGGCUUCUGCAUGGUCCUCGAUGUCGUCGAAGAACGAGGAUUGGCCGACAUCGAUCUCAAAUGGGGAGAUCCUAACGGCUGCCACUUUCCCCUCAUCCAUGGAAUGGAACGUCCACCGCUGCCGAUUAUGAUUCUAAUUUACGCGAUAAUGUGGCUCGGAGCUUUCGGCAUAAUGCUGGGCUUCUGGUUCAAAAUCGCUUGCGCCUGCUUCGCCAUUCCCUACUGGUAUAUUUUUAUACUCGACAAGAGUUUCUGGAACAAUCACACGUACCUCUACGGCCUCGUGACUGUACUGUUCUGGGGCACUGGGGCCAAUCGAUAUUUCGCUCUUGAUGCAAGAUUUUCGAAAGAAAAGUCCACGAGUGUCCCACUUUGGAAUUACUUCAUUCUGAAAUUCCAAUUUUUCACACUUUAUUUCAUUGCUGGACUGAAAAAAUCGAGCAGAGAAUGGCUCGAGGGCUACGCUAUGACUAAUCUCUCGAGGCACUGGGUCUUCGACCCCUUCAAGAGCGUUCUGACGACCCAACAAACCGAUUUCCUCAUCGUUCACUGGUUCGGAUUCAUUUUCGAUCUGACCGUUGGAUUUUUCAUGCUUUUUCCCAGAACGAGAAUCCCGGCGAUGGUUUUUUGCACGGCCUUCCAUCUGAUGAACUCCAGACUCUUCAGCAUUGGAAUGUUUCCCUACGUGUGCCUAGCGACGAUGCCACUGUUUUGCAGCCCCGACUGGCCGCGAAAACUGAAAGCCUGUUUGAACGGAGGUUCCACUUGCGUUCCCGAGAGCAGCGAGUCAAGCACUGAGAAUUCUCAAGUCGAGGAUUCUAAACUCGUUGAAAGCGAGGAACAUCUCGGGGGCGAAAAAGGUGACGCGAGGACGUCGUCCUCGGAGGAAAUCCCUUCGAAAGCGACGUCGUCCGAUGAGGGAAAGAGCGGAAGCGACGAGGGUCAAGAGAGCUGGUCGGAUGACGAUGGGAAAAAAGUCAAAGCUUGGCGUGACAAGAUAAACGCCAAGAGAAAAUCGUCUCGCGUCACAAAAAGGCAGAAAUUCGUCGUCGCACUUCUCCUGGUCCACGUUGCAUUGCAAUUAUUCUUGCCUUAUUCGCACUUCGUUACUAAGCUCCUUCGAUCUUUACAGGGGUACAAUAACUGGGUACCAGGACUGUACGGAUACUCCUGGGACAUGAUGGUCCAUGCCUGGGACAUCAUACUCAUCGUUAUAAAAGUCCACGACAAUACGAAUAACGAGGAUUUGUUCAUGAAUCCUCAGGCCUGGGUUCCCAACGAUAGAUGGGCAAAACACGGUGACAUGGUCCACCAGCACGCUCAGUGUCUCAAGAAGAAUUUGAUGCGUCAGAAAGAAAGAGCUUUAAGGGCGCCCCAAAAGACGAAGGACAUUGAAAAGUGGACGCGGCUUUCUUCCAAUCUGAGUAUCUACAUCGACGUUUGGUGUUCGUUGAACGGGCGAUUUCAGCAGCGAAUAUUCAAUCCGAAGGUCGAUAUGCUGGCCGUAGAUUGGCACCCGUUCAAGCCAAUAUCUUAUUUGAUGCCCCUUAUGACGGGCUUCAGUUCCUACAGGCACAAACUCGACGAGAUCCAAAGUCACGUUUACACGUGGUCGAAUUACACGGACGUGUUUUUCGUCGCCGAUUAUCCUGGGAUGCAGCUGGAGAAUUACAUCAGCAACGAUUUCUCAAACGUGUCGGUCACUGUCCUCGAAGGAAGCGUCACUUACGAGGAAGAAGGGUGGAAGGACAAAAGGGCCGUCGCCAAGGGCGAUUCGGUGUCCGUCAAAACUGGCAAAUUCCAUUCCAUCGAAACCACGAGCGCUUAUCCGUCCUGCUACAUGUACACUUACACCAAUGAAACUCGACAGGAAACUGACAUCGGUGGCAGCUCAAAAUCAACGGAGAAAAAGUAUAAAGCUCUGCUGCCAGCGAUCGUCAAGGAAUUGGAAUACAAAGUGAACGCAUGGCUCCGAGCAAUUGGACACAUAACGAAUUCGUUUUUUCAUCUCGUUUACGGUUUUCCGAUGAUAAGAAGAGUGAGGCAUUACUAGGGGGAAAAAAAGCGCUUAAAUCAGUCUCGAUCUCAAUUGACACACGAUGAACAACAAAACGACGAUGAGUUUGAAGUUUGAAGCUUGACAGAGGGUAGGAAAGGUCAUCGGUGACACACGAAACGAACGACAUUCGUUUUAUUUCUGAGAUAUAUAUACACUGUGAUUGUAUGCAUGUUUAGUAUAAAAAUAGAGAUGGACUAAAUAUAUUUGUGUGGAAAAGAGCUUAUUUGCUGUUCAUAUGGAAUAAUUUUUUUGAUGAAUGUGUGUAUGACGACUCUAUACUCGGAGACGGACUAUUACGAAUAUUAGUCAUAAGAAUAAUGCCGAGUCAAGCCAGCGCCGUGAGAGAAUCACAAAUAUGAAAAUAUAUGCAUAUAUUUUGUACACCUUUAAUCGUAUUUACCAAAUAAAUCGACAGUCAUUUCAAGCA